AUGCCCUGCACCUACCCUGCUCUCCCUUGCUACAGCCUGCUGCAGCCACCGCCCCUGGGGCUCUUCACCCAGCCGGUAAGUGACUCCAGGCACUCGGAGUGGCGUGGAGGGGGGGCGUUCUGUGUUGCAUUGGGGUGAGCGAGGGGCUGGGCCCAGGUGAGCCCCUGGGGGCUUGAAGGAUGGGUGGGACUGGCUGGGCCAAACACCUUCUGCAGGCGAGACUCUUCUCUCCCUCUCUCAGUCGCAUGGGAGAAGGUGUAACUUUGGGUGCUGAAAAGCUUCCAGGACCACUCAGAUCCUAUGCGCAUUGCUGCUUCCAGCAGCCCUCAAGCUAGUGACACCCUUGAUGGAAUCAUAAAAGAACUCACUUGCCUUUCUCCUCCUUCUUUAACAGUGCCAGCAACCAAACAGCAGGGAGUCCCGCAGAUUAACUGCCCACCAGACUUCUUUUGUUCUUUCUGAAUGUGUCACUCUGGCGUUUUUUGCUUCCAUGCGCCCAUUCUGUUAAAUCUCAUGGCUGUUUCCCUGUGUCCAUUCUGGGCUCCUUUCUUUUUUUAUAUAUACAUUUUUAUUGAUUUUUUAACAUAUCAGUUCCAACAGCCAUACAACAUAUCUUCUCAUCUUAAACAAUGUUUUAGACUUCCAUCAACACCUCUGAUGAUUUUCCGUUCUUUAUCACUUAUUCUGCAUUUCUUAAUUUCUAUAUUACAUUUAAUUGUCCUUAGCUAAUAAUUCUUUUCAUAGUCCUGGAGUCCUUCCUUUUGGCCCUUCUAAAAUAGAUGCAAGGCUCAUGAAGGUUUUCAGGCAUCGAUGGCCUCAGAAUAGAACGCCUAAGUUUGGGGAAGGGCUGCAGCUCAGCUGGUGGAGCAUCUGCCUUGCAGGCAAAGGGUCCAGAGUUCAAAUCCCAACGGCAUCUCCUAGCAGGGCUGGGAGGCACCUCUGCCUGAAAAACUAAACAGCUGCUGCCAGCCAGUGCCAAGAAUACUGGGAAAGCUGGACCAAUGUAUCAGUGUAAAGCAGCAUGGGCGUAGCCGGGGGGGGGCAGGGAGGGACAGCUGACCCUCCCCCCAAAUCAAUAAAAACGCAUAGCUAACUGAGGUUCUGCAACCACUAACAAAACUCCUGGCUACACCCAUGUAAGCCAGCAUCCUAUGUCUCUGUGUUCCUACCUGGCAAAUCUCUGGGUUCAGUUUCUCCAUCAGUUCUGAGGUGGGAGCUCAUUGGAGCUGCUUACCUGUGGCUGGGGGAUGCCAAGCAUGUGAGGAGAAGGAACUUCUGGGGAGAAUAUUGGGCAGGGGAGAAAGUAGCAGGCAGGCAGAGCAGGUGGGGGGGUGAGCAAUAGGGCCAGCCGUUGGGGGGCAGGUUGUCAAACAAAGGCCAGGCAGCCAGUGGCACCAGAUCCCAGGUGAGUUGGGGGCAAGGGUGAGGUCAGACUGGCUUGCAGGAGACAACCUCACGAGUUCCCUUCAUAGAAUCAUAGAAUGGUAGAGUGGGAAGGGACCCCCGAGGGUCAUCUAAUUCCAACCCCCUGAAAUGCAGGAAUCACAACUGAAGCAUCCAUGACGGAUGGCCAUCCGAUCUCUGCUUAGAAACCGCCAAAGAAAGAGCCCACCACAUGGGAAGGCAAAGUAAGGCCCAGGGGCUGGAUCCGGCCCAGUCGCCUUCUCAAUCCGGCCUGCAGACGGUCCGGGAACCAGCAUGUUUUUACAUGAGUAGAACGUGUGAUUUUAUUUAAAAUGCAUCUCUGGGUUAUUUGUGGGGCAUAGAAAUUCGUUCAUUUCCCCCCAAAAAAUAUGGUCCGGCCCCCUGACCCCUGGUUUACCACCUUCCAAGGGAGACCGCUCUUCUGUCAAAUGGCUCUUUCAUGUCAUUUGAAUCUGUUGUUCAGAUAUUUGGAGAUGUCUCUGUGUCUCCAGCUUCCAGCCGCCUUCUUCCUAGCAGCCAGGCGGGGGGGGGGGGGAGGCCCAAUGGCCAUUUGCCUGAAGGCACAGAGCAGCUUCUUUGCUUGUACUAAUUGCAAUACUUAACUGGUCAGCCAGAUCCACUACCUAGGGCAUCACUUGGGGAAGCUUGCUCUCAUACCCUUUAAUACACACACACACACACACGGUCCAGAGAGCUGGACAAGAGUCAGGGCAUCAUCCAGACUGACCCUCCCAAACUUGUGCCAUCACCCCUUCCAGAGACCAAGAGGUCUGUCCCAAACCUCCUUCCCAUCCCAGUCUCCUCCAGAGUUCUUAGGGAUGGGGAGGGAGGCCUUCUGCGGGCAGCGCAGGUGUCCCAUUCCUGAGUCCUGCCUCUGCCUGGGAUUCAUGUUCUCUGUCCUAAUUCUCUUUGCGCCAAGUUCCCCCCAUUUGAGGGGCUAUAGGAGGAGGGAAGCCACCCUCGUGGCAACAAGAAACAAAGGCAGGCAAGCGUUCACAGCCUGGCGCAGUGGGCAGGCUGGCAUCGAAGCAGCUCAAACCCGCUCCUCGCAGCCCUGGGCUGCAUGACAGACACUCCUCUCUGGUCUGGAGAUGUUUAAAAAUAUCUGCAGAGAGGGAGUCUUUGUGGUGACUUCUCAACCAGACAGGGAAGGGGCCUUCUCUGGGAGGCAGGAGAAACGUUGGGAUGGAACUAAAAAUAGCAGCAGAAAACAAGAGGAGGCAGCAGAGCCGAAGAAGCAAAGCCCCUCGGGGGCACGGUGCCCGCCUCUCGACCUCAGCAAAGGUGGCAGCGCCAUCCGCAACGCUCUGCCCGCCCCACUCAAGCAGGAGGGGGCCCAGAGUGUGAUUAACUGGAACUAACUCUGUCCUGGUAGAGCCAGGGUUGGUGCAGUGGUCAAAGCUGAUGAAAGGACCCUGAGGUCCUUGAGGGCAGCUGCAGCCCCAGUGGCAAGGCGGGACCCAAGAGCACCCCACAUCCUUUAGGGGGAGAGGGAUGCCCUCCAGGACAGAUGGACCCCCACUCAGGAGGGCAGAGAAAGCCUCCAUUCAUUUCCAUCAUGCCUUUUCUCUAAAACGUCCCAAAUGCCACAACCUUUCUCUGCCUGGCUUUGCUUUCAGGGUGGAGCAGGUUUCCAUUGCAUGGGCCACAUUUCAAGCACACUUCAAUUUCUGCUCUCUGACCCUUCUGUCGUUGACUCAGCCGGCAUCCAGGCAUGUUUCUUUCCUCCAGCAGGGCAAGUGUCCCGUUUUCAGUGGGGCAUCCCAGAUCACAGAAGCCAAUCCUGGCAUCGCCUUGGAUCCCGGAAUGUCCUGUUUAAGACGGGCACCCUGGCGCGAGUCAGCAGGGUUGUGCUGGAAAGCGCCAGAGAGCCUUCCAGGAUCGCUUGGGGAAUCAUCAAAGGGUGGGACCAAAGCGCCUCCGGGAGGCUGCAGUGGCGGCGGCAGGAGGCAGCGGCGACGGGGGCAGAGGAGGCAGCAGGUGAAGGGGGCAGGGAGCAGGCAGGCAAGGGAGGGGCUGGGUGGGCAGUGGUCUUGGGCGUGAGCAGGCGAGUGGCAGGGGUGGCAGGAUGGUGCAGGGUAGGGGUGCGGGUGUGCCCCAAUUUGCCCUCCCGAAAUGUGGGGGAGUAUGCAGGGAGCCGGAGCAGAUCAGAGGAGCCAACAUUUCCCUGUUAAUGGAGAAAUCUGAGGGCUCCCUUGGACAAAAAACAAGGACACCAGCCAGGAAUACCAGAGCAAAACAGCAGCCAGGAGGCUUGGCCUUUAUUGAAGACCCUCGAGACAGGACUUCCACCUGCCACCAGGUGGAACAAGAUGGAAGCCCCAAACAAAAGAGAACCCAAACUUUUAUUAGCUGCUAAUCCCCAUGUUGUGGGACACGGGUGGUGCUGUGGGUUAAACCACAGAGCCCAGGACUUGCCGAUCAGAAGGUCGGCGGUUCGAAUCCCCACGACGGGGUGAGCUCCCGUUGCUCGGUCCCUGCUCCUGGCAACCUAGCAGUUCAAAAGCACCUCAAAGUGCAAGUAGAUAAAUAGGUGCCACUCUGGCGGGAAGCUAAACGGCGUUUCCGUGCGCUGCUCUGGUUCUCCAGAAGCCGCUUAGUCAUGCUGGCCACAUGACCCGGAAGCUGUAUGCCGGCUCCCUCGGCCAGUAAAGCGAGAUGAGUGCCGCAACCCCAGAGUCUUUUGCGACUGGACCUAAUGGUCAGGGGUCCCUUAACCUUUUUAAUCCCCUUGUUACACCCCCCCCCCAGACUACAUCACGGUUACAUCAUGAAAGGGGAGGUCUGGUGGCAGUAAUCUGAGCAUCCUGGACCCCCCCCCCAUGGUUCCCCUUGCCCUCCACCAAACACCCAUCAAGUGGAACAAAAGAGAUAUUUACAUUUCCCUGUUUCCCAGCCAAGUUAAUCCCACCCUUUUGUCUCCAUCUGGGUUUGUUAUUUCUGGAAUGGCUACCUGUCUGGCACUCAGGUAUCAGGAUGCCAGGGAUUAUCACUCAGGCAGAGGGGCUGCUGAGUAGCUGAGCUCACAUGUCUAUAUGAAUUUCUGACGUUUUCCCAGUGAGCCAGUACAUAGAGACAUUGAUCAGCAAAUUCUUACAUUUGGUAUCGUGCAGCAGAGGCCCUUUGAAUAGAUAGGAAGAAACUGUGAUGAAGUGUUUUGUGGGGACAAAUUACAAAAGUCACAAAAGCGAUGGUGCUGGUUUUGGUAGUGGGCUGCAUGUGCAUGAUAUCUGCUGGAGGGGCAACCCCCCCCCCAACCUAUACAUAAAUUCCUGCAACACCCGGAGUUGUUUGGGGGUCCUGCUGCUGACAGCUGCUCUUGCCUUUGUGUGCUCCAGGUCUCUGCCCCCUGUGAGCUGCCUGGCGGACCCCCCCUGCUGUGGCCGGCGCCCUUGCUCUACUCGCCCCUCCUGCGGCCAGGCACCCCCGAGGACCCGUCGCGGGGCAAGGCAGCCGCCUCCCGGGAGAGCACGGCGGCCCUCAAGGCCUGGCUGGGCCAGCACCCCAAGAACCCCUACCCCAGCAAGGGAGAGAAGGUGCUGCUGGCCAUCGUCAGCCGGAUGAGCCUGACGCAGGUCUCCACCUGGUUCGCCAACGCCCGCCGGCGGCUCAAGAAGGAGAACCGGGCUUGCUGGGUGCCCCGGGCCCCGAAGGCCGAGGGAGAGGCGGAGGAGGAAGAGGAGGACAGCGAGGGAGAGGCCGGCGCAGAAAGAGCAGCCCCCAGCACCCCUCCGCCGAGGACAAAGCUCACCCAGAGUGGCUCUCUGGCAGAAACAGCGGCCCCUUGGCUGAAGGCCGGGCGGUGGCAAGGCUUGCCUGCGUCUCCUCUGCCAGCCACUGCUGAGGUGCAGGAGCUGCCCGCCAAGCCCAAGAUCUGGCGUGUGGCUGAACUGGCCACCAGCGCCCAGCCCGGCAGGGGGGCUCUUUGA